CAGGUAUGCAGUGGUCACUGGGCCGAGAAUGAUGUGCCCUUCACUGCCUUCACCAUCAUCCAUCAAACAAUCAACACUUUUUCUCUCUCUGUACGUGUAUCAAUUUGACAUUUUCUGCUCAGCCUCUUCGCUACGGCAUCAUUUUACCGGAAAGCUCAUCAUCCGUCUACCGCGUCAUACAUUGGCUGUUCGCCUGUCUUCGCUUCUCUUCGGUGACGCGCCCUGGUUGGUUCGUCGUCGAGAUUGUCCGUGUUUCAUCAGCUUUUCUCGUCAACCCGCGACACUGCCACCGUUUGAUCGACUCCCUUUUCGAGAGGGGUCAUGAACUGCAUGAACUGCUUCUGGGAGAGAUAAAAAGUUCUGGUCAACUCACCCUGUCGCGGCAUUCGCCAUGUCAACUACUGAUCAGCAUUUCACCGCCAAUCUCACCAUGACCGACCUUCACUCUGGCUUUCACUUCGACACCACUCCCCACAAACGGAAACGAAGAACUGAUGAUCCGAAUGAUGACCCUUUCACGCGGAGUCCAAAGAGGAGACCAGUUCACUGUUUGCCGAUAAGGUUGUCUCCUUCGCGACCACGGCCUCAUCCUCAAGCAUUCUCGAUGUUUACCUCUAUCUACCAACCACCUCCGACACCUGUGGAUACAUCCGAAGACGAAAGUCCGUCUGAACCACGGGAGGAGAGCCUUUGGCCCUCCAAGUCUCGCUCAGCACAUGACUCUCAGGGAAGUGAUAGUAGUACAUCUUCGCUGCAGGCGCAAUGUGGAGAUCUCGACGUCGAUAUGGAUAUGGCCUCUGCAGCACAGCCGAAGAUAAGGAGGGCUCGGUCGAAUGAUAUUAUGCCUCCUCAGCGUGAUACGAACUUCUUGAGUGCCAUGGACACAUUUGCUAGGGAAAGAGUGCCGACCCCAAUCAGCAGCCAUUUCGACAAUCGUGUCACGGAUUUGCCAAGUGUCCCGCGACAUCAAUUUCCGCCUUUGCGCACGAAUCUUAGUCCGAUGAUCGAGCAGGACGCCUGGAUCGGUCGAGAUGGCCUGCCAAGUCCCGUUGAGGAUCACGACAUGGACAGCAUGAUGGUAGAUCAGAGUGAUGAAAUGAACCAAGGCCAACCCACCAACUCCCAGGCGGAAGAAGGAUAUGGACUGCAAAUGGACGGGAAUUCGAGCCCUGGCAGGUCAAGGACGGCAAGACUUCACAUGGGCUUUCUCAACGGCUGUGACAAAUGCAUCCAGAAGGUACCGGGACACUACAGCCACAUUCUAUGGUCCUGAAAGAGAAGCAUGAUAUGUGUAUUUGCAUGAUAAAGAUGAUGAUACGAUGGUUUAUGAGGGCACGACGAUACGUUUUAUCACCCUAGAAAGAUUUGUUAUUGAUGAGUGUGGGAUGAGGGCGUUACGUGGCUCUUUCACGUUACCGGUUCUGCGUCCUGGAGGAUUUCGAUUCCAAAGUAGAUUCAUACCACCGUUUGAGAUGGUGAUCGCCCCAUAAGCAAUGAAAGGCAUGACUUCAAAC